CUAGGCGCUCUAUCACCAGAGAAGACUGCAAUUCUAGAGCUACGACUAGAGGUUGAGGUUGAGGUUGGUUGGGAACUGCUUUGAUACAUACACACGGAAUUUAGCAAAAGCUAGAGCAAAGCAGCGGGAAAGAAGCGAUGGCGAUGCGUGAUCUUGUAACUGGCGGGGCUGCCUGCGCUGUUCCUGGUUCUUCUUCAUCUUCAAACCCUCUCGGUGCUCUUGCCAACAACCUCUUUGGUUCUUCUUCCAAAACCCAGGAAAGGCUGAGAGAGAUUCCUACAUUAUCAACUUCUGAUGGUAACUUCUACACAGCCACAAAUGAUCCUCUGAAUGCCUUAUCUGGACCGGAGCUUGGUCAUCAUCAUCUACCUACUAGCCAGGGAUCAGAAUUCCUUCGGGGUUUUCGCUCUGCUGAUCAGAAUAGACUGGCUGAUGCUUGGGAUGAGAUACACACAUCUCCAGUACCAAACAUUCCAGUUAUUGGCCAUAUAUCGAAUGUUAAUGGACCUUUGCAACCACAAUUGGAUGGACCGCCUCAAAGAGUUUUAGGAAGCUUUCUGCAUCAAUUUGUUAAUAGCAGUCAAGCUGGUGUUCCUUUUCAUCCCGUGCCUCUUCCAGUUAUGGGCUUGUCACAAGGUGACAAACAAUGCAUACGUGAUCGUAGUAGCAUCAUGGCUAGACACUUCUUUGCCGAUAAAAGUGAAGAAUUCAUUAAUGCACAGGUAAAUGCAUUGUUAUCAUCCUUGGAUAUUGAUGGAGAUGUCAGAGCUAGAGGCCCUCUCCCUGGGAGAUUCCGUGAAUUGGAGGGAUAUUGGAAUGAGUCUCAAAUUAUGCAGUCAGCUGGCCCUCAGGCAGCUGAUGGUUGGGCUGACGAAUUUGUUCAGCACAGAAUCGAUCAUGGUGAUCCAAAUUCUUGGGCUUUGUCUUUUGAGAGGCAACAUGGGGCUAAUGGCUGGGCUUCUGAAUUUGAGCGGGAUCAAUCUCAGAUCAUGACGGUGAAUCAAAUGAGAGGCGUAAAUAUGCCGGAUAUUGCUGCCAUGGAGCAGAGCCGCUUGUUGGCCCAUACAUUAGCUAAAAAUAAUGACCCAAAAUUCCAGAAUUCCAAAUUCCUUCAAUUUGUUUCAAAGAUGAGUCGCGGUGAUCUUGUUAUUGAGGACAAUCAAGUCAAGCCAGCUGCAACAUCUUCAGGCGGGGAUUGGGCAACAGAAUUUCAUCAACAAUAUGAUGGUGGAAAUACAUGGGCUGAUCAGUUCGUAAAUGGACAGGUUUCUCGUGGACCUGACGGUUGGGCAAAUGAGUUUGCUUCUGAACGUGGACUUGGAAAAGCUGAUGAUCAGUGGGUCGAUGAAUUUUCAAAACUGCAUGUCAAUGAUUGGGUGGAAGAAUUUGGCAAUCAAGUUGGGGAUGGAGCAUUGAGGGAUGAUUCUGCUGAUAGCUGGGCCAACGCAUAUGAUGAGUUUCUUAAUGAACAAAUAAUUUCCAAGCAGCAUUCAGACACUUCCAGGGGGGUUUAUGUAUUCUCUGACAUGAAUCCUUAUGUUGGUCACCCCAAUCCUUUGAAAGAAGGUCAAGAUCUUUUCCGAAAAGGUCUUCUUAGUGAAGCUGUGCUUGCCUUAGAGGCUGAAGUAUUGAAAAACCCUGACAGUUCGGAAGGUUGGAGGUUGCUUGGAAUAGCCCAUGCUGAGAACGACGAUGAUCAACAGGCUAUCGCAGCCACAAUGCGUGCACAGGAGGUUGAUCCAACAAAUCUUGAAAUACUCCUUGCUCUUGGCGUCAGUCAUACUAAUGAGUUGGAACAACCAGCAGCUUUAAAGCACCUGUAUGGUUGGUUACGCCAUCACCCAAAAUACAGAUCGCUUGCCCCUGCAGAGAUGUCUGAUUCCCUUUUCCACACUGAUGUCACAAGAUUAUUUAAUGAUGCUGCUCAAGUUUCUCCUGAAGAUGCUGAUGUGCACGUAGUGCUUGGUGUAUUGUAUAACCUAUCUAGGGAGUUUGACAAAGCCAUUGACUCAUUUCAGACUGCAUUAAAACUCAAACCACAAGAUUACUCUCUUUGGAACAAGCUGGGUGCAACACAAGCCAAUAGCAUUCAAAGUGGUGAUGCUAUAUUGGCUUAUCAGCAGGCACUAGAUUUGAAGCCUAACUAUGUCCGUGCUUGGGCUAACAUGGGUAUCAGUUAUGCCAACCAGGGCAUGUACGAGGAGUCUAUAAGAUACUACGUCCGAGCACUUGCAAUGAAUCCGAAGGCUGACAACGCAUGGCAAUAUCUGAGAAUUUCUUUAAGUUGUGCAUCUCGGAAUGACAUGUUGGAAGCUUGCGACUCUAGGAAUGUCGACGCUCUUCAGAAAGAAUUCCCUCUUUGAUGUCCUAAAAUAUACCCAUUCUUUUGUUAAAGGUAAAAUAGAAUAAGGAGGAAAGGCAGCAAGAAGAAUACAGGGGAGUUACAUCAGACAAAGCAUGCAACUAUGACCAUAUUGAAUUUUUGUUCAUUGCUGUAAUUUAAUUUAAUAAAUAACUGCAUGUCUUUCCCAUAAAGAUGUUAAUUACUGUCAUUUUGCCAGGGUAAGUUGUAUUAUUAUAAGAGGCACCAUAUAAUUUUAUUUUAAUUUUUUAUAAUAUUGUCGCAUGUUCUA